AUGGAGAACCGAUUCAAACUACGAAUCCCAAGCAUGUUCUGCUCAUCAUUCGGGUCAUGCCGGUCCAAAAACAUCUCCGACGUGAUCGAACGACCGGCUCUGGCCCCUCAGAACCGGCAACACUACCAAUUGAUCGAGCUUUUCUCUCCAAGAAAACCUCGUUCAUUUCCUUCCAUUUGUAGACCCAAAGACCCUGAAAGAGAUGAAACAGAACACAGCUGCAUUGUGAACAAGAACUUGUUUCCGAGGAGCAAAGUGUCGGACAGACAUUCUCUUCUUGUCGCCGGCGAUGGUCGGAAGUGUCCACCUGUAUCACCCAUUUCAUUCUAUGAAUUCAAACAAUUUGAAGCAAAUCCAAAGGCGAAAAGAACAAGAAGACCAAUGAAGAAGAAGACCCAUUUGAAGAGUAAAAACUUUGAUUCUCGUGAAUUUGGUUCCUGCAAAAAUAAUGGGUGGUUUAGCAGUGAUGAAGACGAUGACAAGACUACGCUUUUCUCUUCAAAGUCUCUCUCCUCUGAUUCAUCUGAUUCUUUGGGUCGAAACAAACCUCAUUUUGGAGAUAACUCUUCGAAGUAUAGACACAGAAUAGCUGCAAGGAAGGAGUCUGAGAGGGGUUUAAUUCCAGUAAUAAAAGGGAAGGUGAAGGAUAGUUUUCCGGUGGUGAAGCGUUCGACCGAUCCUUACAACGAUUUCAGGACAUCCAUGGUCGAGAUGAUCAUAGAAAAACAGAUUUUUGCCGCAAAGGAUCUUGAAAAUCUGUUGCACUGUUUUCUGUCUCUCAAUUCGUAUCAUCAUCAUAAGAUUAUCGUUGAGGUGUUCUCAGAGAUUUUGGGAGCUUUGUUCUCUGACCGUUCUUAAGAGGAAACUUUAAUCUGCUUGUGUUUUUCAUCAGAAAGAGUAAUUAGUGUUGUCACUGUUAUUCAUUGUAUGUGUUUG